AUGGCCAGCGGCAAGGUGCUGGAGAAGCUGCGGCAGCUGUAUGGCAAAGUGGAGGCGGACGUGAAGCGCUGGACGACGCUGCAGGAAGAGGCGCUGUCGCUGCUGCGCACCACGGCCAACGUGCUUGCAAGGCUGCCUGCGCUGGAGGAUGCGGGGUCAUACGGCACGCUGGCACCGCUCCCCGGCCUGCCGCGCCUGCUGCUGGCCAAGCAGCUGGUGGCGCUGGACGAGCUGAUUGCGCAGCUGCAGGAGUUCCUGGACGGCAUGCAGGCAAGCUGGGGUGCUGGCUAG